UUGAAUUCACUGGAGCAGGAGGAGGAGGACUGGUGUGUGUCUACUACAUAAGAGCCAAACCAGGGUCACCUUUCUUUUCUCUACCCGUUUAGCUUCCUCUCAGGUGAAUAAGGUGCAUUUAUCACAGUGGAUGUGGUGCUAGUGGCUCCUCGGAGGCUGGUGUUUCCCCGUCAGCCGCCCGCAGAGCUCAUAUUCAGCGACAGAUGACAGUGACAGGAGGCAGGGUGUUGUUAGCUGCUCGGUGAUAAGAGAUAAACGGGGUGAAGGCGGCUGUCAAGCGCAGAUAAAACCCUAAAAUAACGGUCUGAAUGCGACAAUGCGGCGGCAAGAAGCUCAUCGGCGGCUCGGCUGUGGACGCGGAUCGUUGAUCUGAAAUGUUUCUCCGAGAGGACUUCAACAAGAAACACCUCACCAUCAAUCACUGAACCAGACUGAGGAGAGAAGAGUGUUUAUUUUACGUUUUGUUGAGCCACGAUGGGGCUUUUAAUUCGCAUGUCAAGGUGCUCACAAACCAAACUGAAGCUAACACAGCCGAGGAUGUUGUGGCUGCAGCACCGGCCGACUCUCUCAGCUGCCCUCCGGAGAAAGAGGCAGUCCGCCGGGGUCAGCUCAGUCCACCCGACCCCUGCCUUCACUCUCUGCUCACCCUUCAUGUCUGUCCUGCCCCGCAGAGGUCUCUCUGUCCUCUCCUCACACACACGGACAGUCAUACACACACCUGUUGCCUUUGCCAGCUCCUCAGCCGCCUCCACACCCUCACCUGCCGGCUCAGUGAAGACCCAGACGGACACAAAGACAGCCCAGACACCGACCACUGUCCCCCUGGACGAUGUCAAAAGGAUCCUGCAACUUGCUCACCCCGAGAGAUGGAGACUGGCAGCUGCUGUUGGCCUCCUAACUGUCUCCAGUGCGGUAACCAUGUCAGCUCCGUUCUUCCUGGGUAAAGUGAUUGACACCAUUUACAACACUGGAGCAGACACUGAGACAAUGACAGCCUCCCUGAUGUCACUGAGUAUCAUGCUGACGGGACUGUUCCUGUGCGGCGGAGCAGCCAACGCUGCCAGAGUCUACCUCAUGCAGACCUCAGGCCAGCAGAUUAUUCGUGAUCUCCGCACCUCCGUCUUCUCCUCCAUCCUCAGACAGGAAGUGGCAUUUUUUGACAAGAACAGGACUGGCGAGCUCAUCAACCGCCUCUCUGCUGACACUGCCGUGGUGGGCCGCUCAAUCACUGACAAUCUGUCAGAUGGGCUGAGAGCGAUGGCCCAGGCAGCUGCAGGUGUCGGUAUGAUGUGCUACGUCUCCCCCAGUCUUGCGAGUUUUGUGUUGCUGAUUGUUCCUCCUGUGGCUGGUCUCGCUGUAGUCUAUGGCCGAUACCUUCGCUCCAUCUCCAAAUGCACACAGGAUGCACUCGCACAAACAACACAGUUGGCGGAGGAGCGAAUCAGCAACAUACGGACGGUCAGAGCUUUUGGUAAAGAGCUGUCAGAGGUCAGCACAUACACACAGAAGACAGACCAGGUCUUCAGCCUGGCCAGGAAGGAGGCUCUACUGCGAGCCGGCUUCUUUGGAGUGACUGGUCUCAGUGGUAACAUCAUGAUCCUGUCAGUGCUGUACAAAGGAGGCCUCCUGAUGGCCAGCCAGCACAUGACUGUGGGAGAGCUCUCAUCGUUCCUCAUGUACAGCUUCUGGGUGGGCAUCAGUAUUUCAGGUCUGAGUUCGUUCUACUCUGAGCUGAUGAAGGGUUUUGGGGCAGGAGCCAGACUGUGGAAGCUGCUGGACAGAAAGCCUGAGUUUCCUAUAAAUGAGGGCCUCGUGCUUCCAUCAGACCAGCUGAAGGGUCAGUUGGAGUUCUGUGACGUCUCCUUUGCUUACCCAAGCCGUAAGGAGGCACCCAUCUUCCAGAACCUCAGUCUGCGGGUCCCAGCUGGGACCAUCAUGGCUGUGGUGGGACCCAGUGGCUCUGGAAAAUCAACCCUGGUCUCACUGCUGCUCAGACUGUACGACUGUGAUGCUGGUAUCAUCACUAUAGAUGGUCAUGACAUUAAAGAUCUGAAUCCCUAUUGGCUCAGGAGUCACAUUGGGACUGUCAGCCAGGAGCCCAUUUUGUUUUCUUGCUCUGUAAGAGAUAAUAUCGCAUACGGUGCAGUGGAUCCUGAGGCUGUGACCACAGAGGAAAUCUACAGGGCAGCCAGAUUAGCCAACGCCUUUAAUUUCGUCCAAGCUUUUCCUAAGGGCUUUGACACUGUAGUGGGGGAGAAAGGAGUGCUGCUGUCAGGUGGUCAGAAACAGAGGAUAGCCAUAGCCAGAGCUCUGCUAAAGAAUCCUAAGAUCCUGCUGUUAGACGAGGCGACCAGUGCACUGGAUACUGAGAAUGAGUUCCUGGUCCAAGAGGCCCUGGAGCAUCUAAUGAAAGGGAGGACAGUCGUGAUCAUCGCUCACCGUCUGUCCACCAUACAGAAUGCAAACGCCGUUGCUGUACUGGACGAGCGGCGUAUAGCCGAGUGUGGCCAGCACACAGAGCUGCUAGGCAACAGGCAGGGACUGUUCAGGAAACUGAUGGAGAAACAGGCGUUUCUACAAGAUGAACAGAAACGAGCACUUCGCUGAGAGCACUGGGAGUCGCAUGAAGAGGAUGAGGAAGAAGGAGAAAUCAGGAGGUGAGGUCAAUGCCUGGGAAAAAACGGCUUUGCUCCUGAAGGGGUGGGGCAGAGGGAAAAAUUAUAUCACCUGGAAUUAAUAGAGAUGGAUAAAAGCUGAAGGAAAGCAGACUGUCCACAGGAGGACAGAUGAACACUAGAGAGAGACAGGAACAUAGAAAACCACUAAGAAACAUUAAUGGGGUUUUCUUAAAUGCUGCCAGUGUCUUUUCACUGCUGAAAUGACUAUUUAGCUCCACACGAAGAGGCGUUCGGAUCAUAAAACAAACAGGGUAAUCCACAGUCAGGACUUCCGAACUGAACAAUGGAUCAGGAAAAUAUCUAAUUCUACACUGAAAGACGAGGUCUAAAUGGGAGUGAAAAGGAAACACGAUGAAGACAGGCACUCCUCACACAGCGACAUGUUGUUUUUAAAAUAUUGUCACUACCAUAGUUUUGGGAGAAAGCUCAGAUCCUGUUUUAAAUAUUUCAGGCAUACCAGAAUUUAAGUGUGACCUUAUGAAUCUGGUGCAAAUGACUUUCAUGGUCUUCUACCGGACACUAUAGUCUGUUAUCACUUCAUAAUUUUUCAUAACCAAACCAAAAACAGUCCAGUAUCAUGUAUACAAAACUGCAAAACGUGUAUUUGUAUCUAUGUAUUAUUGCUUUUCAAAAACUUGAAGCUAACAUACAGAGCCUUUUACGUUCAUUUAUGAGUCUCAAAUGAAGCAGCUAUUUUUUGUUUUAAAGCAGGACUGGACACUAUUAAGACAAGAGCUGGGUCCCAGUGCUCGAUAUCAACCAACAUAACCCAGUACCAAGUAUUAGUGAAACGUCUCCAGUCAAACAAUUCGUGCAUUUGAUCCUUUUUGCGCCACGGGUCUGAUCCUGUGUUGUCCCAACUCCCCACAGGAUCAGCAUACUUUCUGUUACAGCCAUCUGCAGAACUACUGUGCUGCUGCAGAGUCACCAAAAUGGCCGAAAUAAUGACUACAGGCAUACCAGCGGCAUCACUUUAAGGGUACUGGUAUUGUAACUUUUCAAAAGAUGUCGUGCCCUAAUGAGGACAUAGAAUAAUGUGUGCACAUUUGCCAUAAAAAAUAUCAGCGAUUAUCCUGUAAUUAAGAGCUGAGGUGCUUCCAUAUCUUCAAAAACAUUAUUCCUCUUAUCCGGGAUUUGGUCUCGGUUAAUCAUAUUUACAUCUGAAAUGGUUUGACAACAUAUAUUCAGUUUUUCUUGCACUGGAUUUGACUAACAGCUCUGAAACUGCUAAACAUUACCAUCUAUCUUUGACAAACAAAUAAAAGGUGCACUUGGGAAAGCUGAUUGAGGCCUGCAUAACAGCCUCCUCUCUCCUCUCUUAGAUAUUCUGCUGCUCUCAGGGAGGAAGGUUAGGGAGACAUGCCAUGAAAGUGGUGAAGGUGGCCUGUGAGUCACGAUAACCUCUCUCUUAACAAUAAUCUCACUGUCCAAAAUCCCUUCAUCUUUUUUAAACUGUUUUAUAAUCCUAAUAAUCCUUGUAAACUUCAUUGGUUUAAUUUAAAAAGGUGGAAAAUCAGAGGCUGACAUUACACCUCACACAGGCUGUAUACUGUAGACCACUGUGUCUCUCAGUCUCCCCGACGCUGGAACAGGAUGUGCACUUGGCCAGCUUUAAAUCCUGUGUAAACCGCUCUAAAAGCCACAGCGCUGUUGUCGGAGAGCCUGACUAAGAUGCAAUGAUUCUUCAGUAAAUAUUUACAUGGAAUACGUGUCCGCCUCACUGCUCAGGGGGAGUCUGCUGGACCAGAGUGUUACACCAGACAUGCAAAUGGUCUCAGCUUGGUUUUCCACAGCUCUGAAGGGACUGCAGGUUGGAUUGUUUCUAGAACUGUUCGUAAGAAACAACUAAAUAUCUGAUUAGAAGCUCAAAAUAACAUUGAUUUACAGCACAGGAUAUAUACACAUUUACAAAUGAUCGCAAAUUAUUUAAACAUCCCCUCCACUCAAAAUGGUGUUUUUCUUCUGUUUAUUUCCCCUAAAAUGUCUGACUUUGACUAUACUGACUUGAAUCUGUGUAAAGGUUGUCACCAGAGAGGCGUUUUCACAUUCCUCUGAGGGGGGUGAUGUCUGCGCUUCCAUAAAAUCCAACCAAAUCAACAAAAUAAAUGUUUGCAUUGUUCGUUUCUGCAAACCAUGGAUUCAUAACAUUUGUAUGUUAUUAUGUAGCAAAAAGAUUGAAACUUAAUAUUUAUUGGCAACAAUUCUUUGGUCAAUGUUUGGUUUUCUUUACGCACAAAAAACACCAGCUUUUGGGGGCACAAUUCCCACUUUUAAAGCAGCAAUAUCUUGGUUAAAAAACAUUUUUUGGUGGCAAAAUAACUGCUAGAAAUGUAGUACGUCUCCGACAAAACAAUUGUUUCAUUAUUUGUUGGUCUCAAACAGCGGUUUGCAGCCUUGCAACUGUCAGUGUCACACCAUCCACCAUGCCCUCCAACUCCUAAUGACAAAUUCAGGUCAUAUUAUGUAAUCAGAACUAUGUCACUCUGGAAACAUUGAUACAUAGAAAUGUAACAAAGGUGUGGUUUACACAAAUGUACAAUGUCGACAUUUUCUUAUGGCAACUGGGCUGCUAAAAUCUGAGCUUUAGACUUACACUAGACGAGUUAGAUGAAGUACAUCACUAAUAAGAAAUCCAAUCACUGUCUUAUGUGCAAAAGCCAGCAAAGAAACCAGGAACCUCCAGUGCAGAGCAUACUUGUCAGUGCAGAGAGCAGGGCUUGCAUAAGCUCACUGAAAGUUUUUUUUUCCACUUUUUAUGUGGAAAAAUGAUAUCAAAGGAAAUAUUAAUCAUAGGUAAGUACUUACUUAAAAACAUGUCACAAGGGGAACUUAAAGUCAGUCUAUAUUCAAAUCUAUAUUUCCUAUAUUUGUAUCAUCUAUUUGGUCAGACAGUAUAAAUCGAAUUGCAAAAAACCUAUAUGAAUACAUUAUUUAUACAAUAUUUUUCAAUCAGAUUUCUUUCUUUAACUGUCCGACUAAAUUGACGAGAUAGCAAACCUGUGUGUAUUUCUCUGUUUCUCUGUUUAUUCUAGGUAUUUUU